UUGUUCUACACGCUGCGGGCCAAUUAUUAGUUAAACCAUUUCAAUUAAGCACAAUCAGCCAUGGAUUUCACGACCUUUGUCAAGCCCAAUGGCAACGGCAGCGAACUGGACAAUGGCGCCGGCGGCGAUGCGAGCAGUCAAGAGCUACAGUUUUGGAAGCAUGUUGCUUACAUUGAGAACCAUGGCAAGCAGGAGGAUGACUACGAAUAUUGUAUGACGGAGUUUUUGCGCAUGUCGGGCAUCUAUUGGGGCGUCACCGCGCUGGACAUAAUGGGCCAGCUAGAUCGUUUGGAGCGCAAGUACAUUAUUGAGUUUGUGAAGCGAUGCCAGUGCCCAACGACAGGUGGGUUUGCGCCCUGUGAGGGCCACGAUCCGCACAUGCUCUACACCCUGUCUGCUGUGCAGAUACUCUGUACGUAUGACGCGCUGGAUGAGAUCGAUUGCGAGGCGGUGGUGCGCUUCAUUGUGGGUCUGCAGCAGCCGGACGGCAGCUUUUUUGGCGACAAGUGGGGCGAGGUGGACACGCGCUUCUCUUUCUGCGCUGUGGCCACCCUCUCGCUGCUGAAGCGCAUGGAGCAGACCAUAGAUGUGGAGAAGGCUGUUAAGUUUGUCAUGUCCUGCUGCAAUCAAACAGACGGCGGUUUCGGUUCGAAACCAGGUGCUGAAUCACAUGCGGGUCUUAUUUUCUGCUGCGUUGGCUUUCUCUCGAUGACGCAUCGGCUGCAUCUUCUGGAUGUGGAUAAGCUGGGCUGGUGGCUGUGCGAGCGCCAACUGCCCUCGGGCGGCCUUAACGGGCGUCCCGAAAAGUUACCCGAUGUCUGCUACUCUUGGUGGGUACUCUCCUCGCUAACCAUUAUGGGUCGCUUGCAUUGGAUUAGCUCCGAGAAGCUGCAGCAGUUCAUUCUGUCGUGCCAGGACACCGAGACAGGUGGCUUUUCAGAUCGCACGGGCAACAUGCCAGAUAUAUUCCAUACCCACUUCGGCAUUGGCGGCCUCUCGUUGCUAGGACACGCGCGCUUGAAGCCCAUCAAUCCAACGCUUUGCAUGCCGCAGCACGUCAUUGAUCGCCUCGGCCUUCAGCCGCAAAUACUGGAGCGACCCUGAGACGAGAAUUGAGCGGUAGUUGCAAAUACUCGAAAGCUGUAGCCAAUUUUGUAUUUACACUCUGUAUUUUAUAGCCGAAUGAAUGUAUUUCCAGACCUCUAGUUUUAGUCCACUCCCACACAUCGACGGACCCAAGCAUCGAGCAGCCGGAAGAAAUUUUUGUAGAUUUGCUUUGUUUCUUGUGCUAAGCCCAAAGUUUCCAUUUCUUAUAGAUUUGUUUAUGCUCUGUCUGCAUUUAUAAUCUAUAUUAUGAUACAUUACUAUUAUGAUUACCUCGUUAAAACAUUGAUAAGCAUAACGUGUAUAAUUUUGAUAUAUAAAUAUAAACAAAGACAUUAUUUUAUUAUCGCUGUCAAAAAACAAA